AUGGAGGCAACUGCCCCUUCUCCUUAUGUGAAAUGCCAUCAAGUGACUGCGAAGAGCAUCAAUGAUAUGAGCCUCAACGAUGUGUCUAUCAACCACCAACGAGUGAAGAACAGCUCCAAGGCCGUGGACCUCCCUGUCACUCUGGCUGACGACCGUGAUGCCCCCGACGGAAGAUGUUGUAUCAAGAUCCCGUGGAAGGAUCCUACUGCGAGACCACCUCCUAACUUCAAGGCCGCCUAUGCCAAAGAUUGUACGAGCACCAGGAAGCUCUCCCCAGAGCAAAGGCGCCUGUAUGCUGACGCUAUCGAUGCUCAACCUGGUAGAGGUCCUCCUACCCGUAAUAUGCUUCGACAACUCCGUCUAGCGGCGGCGGCAGUGUAG